CGUGGACAUGGGCUUCUUGUUAUUAGCGGAGUCGGUGGGUUGUUUAUGUAGGCUACAUUACUUUAUCCAGUGAAGUUGCGGUGGUUUGUCCUCGUGUCAGACAAACAUGCGGGACAUGAACGUGUUCGCGCGCUCCUCCGUGCUCGCCGCCGAGAUGAUGGAUGUGUUUGAUCGCACUCACACGGAGAAAGAGCUCGUCUUUCAGUCCAAGGAGCUGUGUAGAGACUUCAUUCACUCCAGGAUCACGAGAGAAGGACUGAGUUGGUCAAAAGUCGAGCUGGACCUGCCAGAACCGCGCGGAGUUCUUGUAGACGUGUCUGUGGUGCUGCUUAAACUGGGUGAUGAACUGGAGUGCAUGCGUCCAUAUGUGUAUCGUAAUAUUGCAAAGCAGCUGAAUAUCAGCGUAUCGGUGGAAGCUGUGGUUUCAGAUGCAUUUCUCUCGGUAGCAACAGAAGUCAUAGCCAUGGGAAUCACAUGGGGUAAAGUGGUGGCCAUCUACGCUGUAGCUGCCGGGCUUGCGGUGGACUGUGUGCGACUGGGCCAUCCUGUCAUGGUGCACACUAUUGUGGACAGUCUGGGAGAGUUUGUGCGGAGAAGUCUCGUGCCAUGGCUCAAAAAGAGAGGAGGAUGGGUUGACAUUUUAAAAUGUGUGGUGAACAUGGACUCUAGAGCUCAUGUCCAUUGGUUAUCGACAGCAGUGUUAACAUGGAGGGAAUUCAUAAAGACUAUGUACGUCUACCUGACGAAGUAGACUUGCGCAUGAAUUCAUCGUGUUGACCGAGGACUCUAUCUUUCCCUCUCUGAACUGUUUGUGGAGUAAACGGCCCCUCACAAAGGUCACAGCACAAUCACUCAGAUUUAACUGCACCCUAAUCAUCAUUUACCUGCUUGUUUCUUUAAUACUAUUCAAAAGACUGAAACAAUCACUAUGAUCUGACACUGUGUGGAGGGGAAGGUGCUGGAGUAACAUGAUGUCUGUCUUCCUUUGGUUUAAAUGAGCCAGAAAUAAGGUAACAGGUAACGGAGUUGGGUGGAUUCACCCUAUACUGAGGUUUUAUAUUGAAUGAAUGGAGCGGUGAGUGAAAAGUUUGACAGUCGUCAGAUUUUUAUUUUUUACAAAACUGCGUAAUUAAGAUGAUGUUUGGAGUGUCACUUUGCACUUUCAGUUUGUACAGUUUGUGUGUGUUUGUGUAUAACACUGUUGUCACCAGCUGUACACAUCUUGAAAUAAAGGUUUUAAUGUGUGUACUGAGAAA